AUGGACGAUGAUGAUUUCUUCUGUACUGCAACAACUGACCAGGAGGAUUAUGUUAAAAUUAAGAAGAAAAGUUGUGGUACUAAUUCAAGUAUCAGCACCCCGGGGAAGAAAGUGUCGAAUGGUGGUGGCGGCACGAGCUCGACGAAAUGCUGCCAGGCUGAAAAGUGCAGCGCUGAUCUUGGGGAUGCAAAGCAGUACCACAGGAGGCACAAGGUCUGUGAGCUCCAUGCUAAGGCUCAGAUGGUGGUUGUGGCCGGAAUCCGGCAAAGGUUCUGUCAACAAUGCAGCAAGUUUCAUGAGCUAUCAGAGUUUGAUGAAACAAAAAGAAGCUGCAGAAGGCGAUUGGCUGGACACAAUGAAAGGAGGAGGAAGAACUCAAUGGAGGAAGCUGGCUCAUCAUCAUCAUCAACAUCAACAACAACAUCAACCCAAAAAGGAAGGGGAGGAGGAGCUACUACUAAUCAUCAAAUGAAAGAAAUGCGAGAGCUGAAUUUUCCUCCGAACAAGAGGAAGUUAACAAACCAUCACACUGCUGCUACCACUCCACCGCUCAAAAUCCCCACCACCACAAUCACAGCCCACGAACUCACCGUCCGCAAGCUAAAGGCGGCGGUGGUUUUCAACAAUUGGUUUUUGAAAAAGAACCCAACAAAACGCAGCAAAAACAUGCCUGCCCAGAAACGUUCUUCGACCCAUCAUCAGGAUGAUGCUGAAAUGCAAUCGGCGCCGGCUCAUCCUACCCACCGCCAACGCCGGAAGAAAUCCAAGCGGAGCGGCGGCGGCGGUGAUCAAUCGUUGAAGACGCAUCGGGAAGAGCAAGCUAAUCAGGAAGAUGAGAAGGACUCUGUUCAACAAAUCCUUGAUGAGGAUUCCGAUGGAAGCGGGACUGACCCUGAAGAGUUUGAUGAAGUAGUUGAUGUCAUAAGAUCUGCAGUUCGUAACAAUGUUCAGUGCCCCAUAUGCCUAGGCAUCAUCAAGAAAACUAGAACUGUUAUGGGGUGCUUACACCGGUUUUGCCGAGAAUGCAUUGACAAAUCGAUGCGAUUGGGGAAUAAUGAGUGUCCCGCAUGUCGUAUACAUUGUUCAAGCAGACGUUCUUUGAGAGAUGAUCUAGGUUUUGAUGCCUUAAUUCAGGCUUUAUAUCCGGAUAUGUCAACUUAUGAAGAGCAGGAAAAAAGCCGUAAUGAGCAGAUACAAGCAUCAAUUGCCCAAAUCUCUAGACGACAAUCAGAAGCUCUAUAUAAGAAGCGUCGAAUAGAUAGAGAUAUGGAUGAUUCAAGAGUGCCUCGAUAUAGUCGUAACACCGUUUCAAGAAGAAGAAACCAUCAGAGAACUGAUACAGAGGUUCAUAAUGCUAGUGAAAGAGAAAAUGAGCUGGAUGGGAACUUUGAUCCAUCUGUCUCUGAUAUAUCUCAGGCACAGAUCAGGAAUAGGAGAUCUGGAGUCAGUGGUAGUCAGCCUUCACCGAUAUCUUCAACUGCCAACCUUGAUGGUGAGAUCUCGGAAAGUGCAACUGAUCCUUUGAAAGAAGAGGCACUUAACCUUCUUGGGACUGCAAACAACCCAGAACUUCUUACUUGGGGCAGAGGUGGUGCAAGAAGCCAUACUCGCCAUGGUUCUGGAAGUGUAGCUAGAAGCAGCAGUAGGACCAGAUUAUCGAAGCUCAUGGAAUCUCUUGAAAAUGACUCAAAAAUUGAUUAUAAGUCUGAAGUCCACUUUGCUGUAGUUUCUCUGGACAAAGAAAAUAUUCCCAACUUGGAAAAGCCUUACCUUUGUGUCCAGUCAAGCUCCUCCAUCAAUCAACUCCAGAAGUAUAUUGCCGAGGAAACAAAAGCACAAGUUGAUGAUAUUGAAAUCCUGUUAGUGAGAGAAGAAAACAAUGGUAUACCAGCCAUCAACCUUUCGCAUAUAAUUGAUUGGGAACCCCUAUGCAACCAGGUCAAUUGGUCUAGGAUUAGAUUGGAAGUUCUUGAAGGGCUAGAAACUCUAGCCAGUAUCCGCAGCAUAUGUUACACUCGCAUGUUGGUGGGUGACCAUUAA